CCUUACCAUUCACCUGAUCCUUGCCUGCCUCUUGUCCGACAAAAGUUCUUGUUCCUUUGUGACUUGCGCUCUUUGAGGAGUCCUCUCAAGCAAACAUCAUCGCCAAACACAUAACAUCCUCCUCUUCAGUUGUAAAUUGACUGAGAGUUCUCGCUCCUCUCUACAACUCUUCGCUACCCCUCCACCGGUCAUUCAUCAUGACGCUGUGUAUGAACCGUCUUCAAGAGGAAAGGAAACAAUGGCGCCGCGAUCAUCCGUUUGGUUUCUUCGCAAAACCCGUUCGAGCCGCCAAUGGCGUGGUUGACCUCAAGAACUGGGAAGUUGGGAUACCAGGGAAGGAAAAGACCAUCUGGGAAGGGGGCCUGUUCAAGUUGACGCUCGCCUUUCCGGACGAAUACCCUACGAAGCCACCCAAAUGCAGAUUUGUCCCCCCUCUAUUCCACCCCAACGUGUAUCCCUCGGGCACGGUAUGUCUCUCGAUCCUGAACGAAGAGGAGGGUUGGAAGCCAGCAAUCACCAUCAAGCAAAUUCUUUUGGGCAUCCAAGACCUGUUAAACGACCCCAAUCCCGACUCGCCAGCGCAGGCUGAUGCAUACAAUCUCUACAAAAAGGAUCGGCCCGCAUACGAGAAGAAAGUCAAGAGCAUUGUCAAGGACAACCCCGCACCCUGAGAUUCGUGGCAUGUCGGGCAGACCGAGGUGGCUUUGCGACGAGCAUUAGUUGACGGGAUGAUGAGCUGUCACAAAGUCAACAGCGGGGUGCUGCAACCAGUCAACUAGCGUGUGGAUUUUGAGCGCGGCGUUCUGCAGUAGGCAUUUCGACUCCAGAUAACCUGUUUACGGGGGAGGGCGGGGAUCAUGUAGAGAGAUUUGGGGAAGAGAGACGGGAAUAUUGGGCAGCUGGAGGUUUUUCGCGCUGGCGUCCAGGAGUUCGAAGGACCAGCUUGAGCUAGCUAGGGUACACACUCCCACGUGGUGGUGGUCUUCUCCUUUCUUUGUUUUCAUCAAUGGGAACAUGAGCCAUUUUCUUUCUCCCCGCCCCUCUUCUGGCCCUUAUUCUUCCC